ACGUCUACGACACACGCACCCACCACCACCGUAUCUUCAUUCAUUUCACUUCCCCCAAAACAAUUAUUUAAAAAAAAGAAAAACAAAAAAAUAAAGAAAAAUUCUCUCUCUUUUUCUCACUCUAUCUGUUCCCUUCUCUCUCUCCUUCCAUGGUGGAAGAACACAGACGCAGCGUCGCCGGAAGAAGAGAGAAGAUCGAAGCACAGAGGCAAGAGGAUCGCCAAAGCUAGGGUUUCCGAAUUGCCGAGUCGCUGAAAAAUGCCGCUCUCGAAGUACAGCGUCAGGAAUGAGUACAGCUUGGCGGAUCCCGAGCUGUACCGCGCCGCCGACAAGGACGAUCCCGAGGCGCUUCUCGAAGCCGUCGCCAUGGCCGGUCUCGUCGGACUCUUGCGCCAGCUCGGCGACCUCGCCGAGUUUGCUGCGGAGAUCUUCCAUGAUUUACAUGAAGAAGUAAUGGCUACUUCUGCAAGAGGCCAUGGUCUUAUGGCUCGUGUUAAACAGCUUGAGGCUGAAGUUCCUUCACUUGAGAAGGCUUUCUUUUCUCAAACUCAUCAUUCGUCAUUCUAUACUAAUGGAGGGAUUGAUUGGCAUCCUAAUCUACGGUCUGAACAAAAUCUUGUGACCCGUGGAGACUUACCUCGAUUUAUAAUGGAUUCAUAUGAAGAAUGUCGUGGUCCCCCAAGACUGUUCCUUCUGGAUAAGUUUGAUGUAGCUGGUGCUGGGGCAUGUUUGAAGCGUUAUACUGAUCCAUCAUUCUUUAAAAUGGAGACUUCAUCUGUAACUGCUGCAGUAGAAGUUCAGAGGGAAAAGAGGAUUCGUAAAGUGAAGCUGAAAAAAGGAGCGCGGCUGAGGGAUGGUGAAGCCCCUAAUGCAAUAUCAUCACAUACAAAAUUACAUCAGCUGCUUCUUGAGGAGCGGAUUGAGAAUGGUUAUAGUAAUCCUGCACGUCUAGUAAAGUUGAAGAAAAGACAAUUGAAUGGACCAGCAGUUGAACAAAGAGCUGGGAAGAGUUACAUGGAGAAAUUUCUGGAAACUCCCUCACCUGAUCAUAAAAUGAUUUGUGAAACUUCAAUCUUUCCAUUGCCUGUGAAAUUGACAUCAGAAGAUACUACUGAGGCUGGGAUUAAAAUUCUUGAAAUCAGUAGCAUUAGUCCUGUGAAGAAGUCAUUUGGAAAUAAAAACACUUGUUCAUCUCCUAAUGAGCAGGAAGUAGAAUUAAAGCCAUAUUCAGAAAUGGAUGACGGGGCAAAUCAAGAUCUUGUGAAGGUGAAAGAACAAAUCUCAGCUGGUAUGCCAGAUAAUAUAUCUUCCAAUCAUCUUAAUUUGCCUGAUGAACCAGAAUUGGCUAUCGAUGAACAGAAGAAAAUAGAAGGCAGCUUAGAUGGGUACCAUUCUGAUGACGUGACUAGUGAAGUUGACAAUUACAUGGAUGCUUUAACUACCAUGGAAUCAGAAUUGGAAACAGACAAUGAGUAUAAACCUAAGAAUAGUUUCUUGAAUGUUCAAAAGGCAGCAAAUACCAGUGAUAAAGAAGAACAUCAACUACAAGCUCAAUUUUCAGAUUCUCAAUCAUUUGGAGACUCCUCGAUGUCUGAUGACACCAGUUCUUUCAAACAAGGUAGAAAUGAAGUACAUAUUGAAGUGCAAGCUCAGUCAUUAGAUUCUCAAUCAACUGGAACCUCCACUACAUUAGACAAUAAUAAUUCAUUCAGAAGAGAUGGAGAUGGGCAGCAUAUUGAACCUCAAGCUCACCUCUCAGAUUCUCAAUCUGUUGGAAACUCCUCUACAUCAGACGAAAAUGGUUCUUUCAUGAAAGAUAGAUCCUAUUUCCCUCACUCUGAUUCGUUAAGCACUGUAGUUGAAAAUACACAAUCAGAAACUGUAUUAAUAACAAAUACCAAGUAUUAUCAACCGGAGGAUGAAGAUACACCAUCCAACCAGCUUCCCCAAAAUGUGGAGUUUCAAAACACAGAUUGUGGGAGGUUUGUCAUGCAUGAUGAUGCACAUGGUCACGAAGAAGAGAUUUCUGAUUUGGGGCAAGCCACUUCGGAUCUGAUGACUUCAGGGCAAGCAUUGUGUUCUGAUCUUGGAUCCACCUCACCAGUGAUCCUACCUGCAGGAACUCAAUUGGAUGAAACUCCAUCUGGCCCUGUUGAACUUGAUUUAAGAUUAGAUGAUGAUGAUGCAGACAGAUCAGGUCUUGUUGAAGCUAUUGCUCCCGAAGCUGUUUCUCUCUCCCUAAUAAAAGACGAAGCUUGCCCUGUGGAUUCUUCCGAUAAAACAUUGUUUGAAAAAUUGGAUGGCGACGAUCCAUUUAUUCACUCUGAUGAUUUGUUACAAGUUUCUAAUGAUUUGGAAUUGGAAUUAGCUCAUGGUGAUGAAUGUAGUGAUCAUUCUAAAAUCAAAAUGUUCCAGGCAGAGCCUCCCAAUGAAAACAUUUCUGAAAUUUUGGUUAAUAGAGGUAUUGGUUCACAAGGAGAUGAUCCUGUUUGCCCAUCCAUGGAAGAAUUAAACAUGAAUUCAGGUGCUAUGCUGGCUCUUGAUUGUCGAGACUCAAAAGAUGAAGAUUGUGCUAUAGCAACCCAUCUUAAGUCGGAGACUCCUGUUGUAAAAAUUUCUCCAGAGAGUUGCUUUACUGGGGAGCUAUCCUCUGAUUCAACUCAUAAUACACAGGAGGAACCAGGCUCAGCAGAAAUUGACGUUUCACAUUCUGAUCUGCAAUCAAAAUUUGAAGAGAUACCAAAAAUGGUGCAUGAUGAUGAAUUAAAUGAAUCCACCUGCAGUGUUGAUCCACUUGAAGAUGAUGGUCAUUUUAAACAUCCAUCUCCUGAUAAUCAUGUGAUAAUAAAUGAUCUGGUCACUGAAAAUGUUCAGUCAGAAGAUCAAGCUGUAUAUUCUGUUCCUUCUGUUGAUAGUGCUGAAAAUGAUAUGGGUAUCGUUACUUGUCCAGCUUCAAGUCAGAUUUGUUCUUCUUCAAGGGUUCUUUCAGAUUCGGAAGAACCUCUGUCGAGUUCUGAUUCUUAUCAGAUGGAAAUGAAAUCUGAUGUAGAACUCUCUCAAAUUUCCAUGGACUCAAAUGCAGAGAAGAAGGAGAAUCAACUGGAACCAUCCUUAGAUGUAACAUCAUCAGAUGUCAUAUAUUCUCCGAUUAGUAAUAUUAACAAGUUAGAAGAAUCUCUUUCUACUUUUGCAGAUCCACACAAGAAAGAGAUGGAAGUUGAUGAGCCAGUUGCUAGAGAAUCUUUGACAGAACUAGAUGAACAGAAGAUAGUGGAUCAACCAAAAAUUGCUUCUGAGGAUGUACAAUUGAACCUGAACAAAUUGGUGCCCUGUGAUCUUCCAGAUUCAAAAAUACGCAAUGAUACUAACAAGUUAGAAGAAUCUCUUUCUACUUUUGCAGAUCCACACAAGAAAGAGGUGGAAGUUGAUGAGCCAGUUGCUAGAGAAUCUUUGACAGAAGUAGAUGAACAGAAGAUAGUGGAUCAACCAGAAAUUGCUUCUGAGGAUGUACAAUUGAACCUGAACAAAUUUGUGCCCUGUGAUCUUCCAGAUUCAAAAAUAUGCAAUGAUAUUCAAAAGUCAUCUCCAAGGGAGAAAUUCCAACAUAAUGCUUUUGUUGACUCAGAAUUGGUGCCUGAAAUUUCGGAGUUAGAUACCCGGCAAUCGGAAUCAGUUAUUUAUGGCCAGCAUGAUCCUUUACAAAAUGACAGAGAUAGUUUUUCAUCACCUUCUGGCAACCUGUUGGAGUCUGAAACUGAUUCUGAGUUUGCAAAAUCUCAAACUGGGGAACAGGAUGUAGAAUUCCUUGUCAGAGAUGAGAAAAACUUGGGCUCUGAGAAAUCCCAAUAUCAGCAGAUGCAGAUAUAUCAACUGGAGCAAGAAAGUGCUCAUGCUACUUCCGAAUGUGUAUCAGAAAUCCAUGCAGAUGAGCCACCAGUAUUUCUUCCCUUGCCGCAGUCAUCUAGCCAGGAGAUUAAUGCUGCAAAACAUGUCAUGGAUCCAUUAAAACCUCUUCUACCCAACCUUCUUCCCAAGGCAACUGAAAAUAAUAUUGAUGAGAUGCCCCCUAUGCCCCCUCUACCGCCUAUGCAAUGGAGAAUGGGCAAGGUUCAACAUGCUUCCCUAGCAACACAAAGUGAAGAGUUAGAAUCAACUCAGGCUUCAGUCCUGCCAAUGCAGCCGACUAGACCUGAUAAAAAUUCUCUAUUUGGUUUGCCAACUUCUGAGAGCGAGACCUUGUUGUAUCAGAAUCCAUUUUUGCCAGUCAUGGCUGUGGAAGGUGAUAAGCUUCAACAUUCUUCUGGGUUUUCUGUUGGUGUUUCUGGGCAUCCUGUUGCUAUACCUUUUCAAUUGCCUAUCAUGGUUAAUGAAUCAAAUGGUCAAUAUAAUUACCUGUUGCUGGACAGAAACCAAAUUCAAAACCCCUUCUUAACAUUUCCUGUGGCAUCUACUGGCAUUCCUCCUCAUAAUUUCAUUGUUGCUCCUGAGGGAGAAAUGAUGCAGAAUUCAAACCCGCAUGUGCCAAUACCAGCUGUUACAUAUGCUGUUUCAGGACAUGACUUCAUCUCUCCACUAGAAAAAUCAACUCAACUGCCACAUCAGUCAAUGAUGGAGACUAGUGGAGAUGAUAAAUCACUUCAGCAGGGUAUGAGCAAUAAUAUGGUAUCUAUGGAAAGGCUUCCACAUGGUCAUGCAGUUGCUUCUGAGGGAAAAAUGGUACUGAAUUCAAAUCCAUGCCCAACAAUUCCAUGUUCUGUUUCUGGACAUGAUUCCGACUCACUGCAAGAGAAACUGACUCAACCUCCAAGUCAAUUAACGACAGAGCCUAGUUCAGAUGAUAAAACACUUGUGCAGUCUGCAACUAAUGUGGUAUCUUUGGACAGUCCUCACAGUCAUAUUGCUUCUGAGGGAGAAAUGGUAUCAAAUUCUAACCCAGACCCAAUUCCACCUGUUGAAUGUGAUGUUCCUGAACCUGUACAGGAUUCUAUCUCUUCUCAAGAAAAACUGACUCAACCUCAGUUAGUGUUAGAGACUACAUCUGAAGUUAAAACACUUGAUCAGUCUAUAAGUAGUGCGGAAGGGGAACAAGGACGUCUGCCUAUCUCAUUCAUGUCCUCACCACACAUGGAAUGUAUGGAGCCUAAUCAGAGUUUCCUGUCCUUUGAGGGGGGAAUGGCAACAUCCGCGGAUACAUCAGAUCAUACAUCAGAUGUUGAGAGUGAAAGGACAAAUGGAAAACCAAAGAAUAAGCUUCCCCGUCCUCGGAAUCCUCUAAUUGAUGCUGUUGCUGCUCAUGACAAAAGCAAGCUUAGGAGGGUUACUGAACGAGUUAUGCCUCAAAUUGCACCAAAGGUAGAUGAAAGAGAUUCUUUACUAGAACAGAUAAGAACAAAGUCCUUCAACUUGAAGCCUGCUGUGACUACGCGACCUAGUAUUCAAGGUCCAAAAACAAAUUUGAAGCUUGCUGCCAUCUUGGAGAAAGCAAAUGCAAUUCGCCAGGCUUUGGCUGGAAGUGAUGAAGAUGAUGAGGAUUGGAGCGAUUCUUGAAUUUACUAUGAGAAGUGUUCUCAGCUGGUCGAUGUUUUGAUAUUCCGGUUGUCUUGAGCCAGGUCUAUAAAGUCAUUCUCCCCUGUAAUGAAUAGGAAAUCUCCCUUAAAUGCAAGAUUCUUUAUUCUACACUAUGUUCAUAUAUGAUACUCUGAACUCCAUAUAGGAUAUAGCUCCCUUAGUCUGCUUUCUUCACAUAUAUAUAUGUAUGAGCACUGGUACUAGCAUGCAGAUUAGCACUGGUGCAGAUCCAUUUUCGGAGGCAAAAUUCACUUCAUUUGAGACAACUCAGGUUCAGCGUGUAAGCGCUGUACAAGUCCAGAUCAAGCUAUCAACAAAUUUCCCCAUGCCUCCGGCUCAUAUAAGCACAUGUAUAUUUGCGUUGUGUCAUAAUUUUUUUGAUAUAUAGUCAUGAGUAUCCAAUUUUGUAAUUCUGUGAUGUAGUGUUUCGUGAUAAUUGCCCCAUUUAUCAUGUAGGUUCAUCGUUGUCCAGUAUAGUAACAUAUAUACGUAAGUAAAAUCAUUUCAGUGUACAGUUUCCAUCAGCACCUUUGAUCA